ACUUAUCGAUUUUUUGAAAAAAUGUAUAAGAUAUUUAAAGUUAAAUUUAGCAUGAUGAAACUAAUUUUCAGUGUUUUUCUGUUAUUUUUAUUUUUUAUAUUUGAUUGUAAAAGCGAAAAUUCAGAAAAAGAAAAUACCGAUAAUAAUCCAUAUGAAUUUCACAUUGGUGGAGUUUUAAGUAGCAAUGCAAGUGAAGACUAUUUCAAACAAACAAUUGAACAUCUCAACUUCAAUACACCAUUUAUGAAACCUGGUAAUACUUUCUACGCUCAUUCCAUAAAAAUGGAUCCAAAUCCAAUAAAAACCGCUCUCAACGUUUGUAAGCAACUUAUCGUGCGAAGGGUGUAUGCUGUUAUUGUUUCUCAUCCACAAAUCGGAGAUCUGUCUCCAGCUGCUGUAUCAUACACCAGUGGCUUCUAUCAUAUACCCGUGAUUGGAAUUUCGUCUAGAGAUUCUGCUUUUUCGGAUAAAAAUAUUCACGUAUCAUUUCUUCGUACUGUUCCACCCUAUUCACACCAAGCCGAAGUAUGGGUGGAAUUACUCAAAUAUUUUAAUUAUUUAAAGGUAAUAUUUAUCCACAGCUCUGAUACCGACGGUAGAGCGUUUGUCGGCAGGUUCCAAACUACUUCGCAAAAUCAAGGAGAAGACAUCGAAAAAAAAGUCCAGGUAGAGGCGGUUAUCGAAUUUGAACCGGGCCUGUUUCAUUUUAAUAAUCAAUUAAAUGAAAUGAAGAACGCACAAGCCAGGGUGUAUUUAAUGUACGCAAGCAAAAUAGAUGCAGAAAUCAUUUUUAGAGAUGCGGCCGAUCGAAACAUGACCGAGGCUGGAUAUGUGUGGAUAGUAACAGAGCAAGCUUUAGAUGCCAAUAAUGUACCGGAAGGAACAAUCGGAUUGAAAUUAGUUAACGCCUCUAACGAAUUAGCUCAUAUUUACGAUAGCAUAUAUAUAUUGGCUUCAGCGAUUACAGAUAUGAACCGUACAAAAACUAUAACACCACCGCCGGCUGAUUGUGAUAACUCUGGUGCUAUUUGGGAUACGGGCAAGACUCUUUUCGAAUAUGUAAAAAAACAAGUGUAUAAAGAUGGACACACGGGUAAAGUAGCUUUCGAUAAUAACGGCGAUCGAAUAUAUGCUGAGUAUGAUAUAGUCAAUGUCAAAGAAGUGGCCAAUAAAGAUGCUAUUGGAAAAUAUUAUUUUAAUAAUGAGCUUAAUAAGAUGAAACUACGGCUUAACGAAUCUAACAUUAUAUGGCCAGGACGUUUAAAGAAGAAACCUGAAGGUUUUAUGAUCCCUACACAUUUAAAAGUAUUAACAAUAGAAGAAAAACCAUUUGUGUAUGUAAGACCAUUAAAGAAGGAUGAUGGAAAUAGUUGUAAGACAGAUGAAAUAAUGUGUCCGUUGUAUAAUACUUCAUCUAAAGAACCAAUAGUAUACUGUUGUAAAGGAUAUUGCAUUGAUUUGCUUGUGGAGCUGUCUCAAACAAUAAAUUUUACGUACAGUUUAUCAUUAUCACCAGAUGGACAAUUUGGAAACUAUGAAAUAAGAAACAACUCAGCUAGUGGAAAAAAAGAAUGGAAUGGUUUGAUUGGUGAAAUAGUUUAUGAAAGAGCAGAUAUGAUAUUAGCUCCUCUAACCAUUAAUCCAGAAAGAGCAGAAUUUAUAGAGUUCAGUAAACCAUUCAAAUACCAAGGAAUUACUAUUUUAGAGAAGAAGCCAUCAAGGUCUUCGACUCUUGUAUCGUUUUUGCAACCAUUCAGCCACACGCUUUGGGUGCUUGUUAUGGGUUCUGUUCAUGUGGUUGCGCUUGUCUUAUAUCUACUCGACAGGUUUUCUCCUUUUGCUAGAUUCAAGUUGAUUAAUGCCGACGGAACAGAAGAGGAUGCACUUAAUUUAUCAAGUGCUACAUGGUUCGCGUGGGGAGUGUUGUUAAAUAGCGGUAUUGGCGAAGGAACACCAAGGAGUUUCUCAGCUAGAGUACUAGGAAUGGUAUGGGCUGGAUUCGCCAUGAUUAUCGUUGCAUCAUACACUGCCAACUUGGCCGCUUUUCUUGUGCUCGAAAGACCCAAGACUAAACUAUCUGGAAUUAAUGAUGCUAGGCUUCGCAGUACAAUGGAAAAUUUAACUUGUGCAACAGUAAAGGGAUCCGCAGUUGAUAUGUAUUUUAGACGUCAAGUGGAAUUGUCAAACAUGUAUAGGACAAUGGAAGCCAACAACUACGAAACUGCUGAAGAUGCAAUUCGAGACGUGAAGAACGAUAAGCUUAUGGCAUUUAUAUGGGACAGCAGCCGUUUGGAAUUCGAAGCUGCACAAGAUUGUCAAUUAGUCACGGCUGGCGAAUUAUUUGGACGUUCUGGGUAUGGAGUUGGUCUACAAAAAGGUUCACCUUGGUCUGAAUCAGUUACAUUAUCGAUUUUAGACUUCCACGAGAGUGGUUUCAUGGAAAGCUUGGACGAUAAAUGGAUAUUUCAAGGGAGAGUAGAACAAUGUGAAGAUCAAGAAAAAACACCCAAUACUUUAGGAUUGAAAAAUAUGGCUGGUGUGUUUAUACUCGUCGCUGUGGGUAUAGUGGUUGGAAUGGUUUUAAUCGUCAUCGAGAUAGGCUACAAAAAACAUCAUGUACGUAAACAGAACAGAUUGCAGUUAGCCCGUAAUUAUGGACAAACGUGGAGGGCUAUAGUUCAAAAACGAAAAAUGAUGAGAAUGCAAGGUCGAACUAGUGGUGUUGGAGCACUUAGUCUGUCGGUUGAAGCAUUGCCGAGAAGCGUUCUAAAUAUACAAAGUCCAAUUCGAUCAAUUGAAACAUUACCGAGAACUUGUCGCAACUCACCAAGCCCAACUCGAGCUUGGUCCGGUCGACAAAUGGUACACAGAAAGAGUGAUGAUAUUCCUUUACGAUCACCAAUUGGAGGUCCUCCACAGUUACAUUUUCAUAAUAAUCUCAUGUAAUUGGCAUUAUAAAAAUAAUUUAUAUAGUUAAUCAUAAUUCAGAUAUGAUAAAGAAAUUAAAUCUACUUAUCAGGAUAGAUAUAUGACAUAUUAAAUAGGAUUUAAUAUAUAAAUUACAUAAGAAUAUUAGUGUUUUGUACCUGUAUACUAGGGAUUACGGAAUAGGGAAAAUAUAGACGACCACAUUAUAUAAUUCCUAGUUUCUCAUAUUUCAUUAUAAUAUGAAACAUAAUUUAUGCUACCAUUGCUACCUAUUAUUAAUUUAAUUUUUUGCUAUAUAGUAUUUUGUUUGUUUAAAUUUUAUUAUAUU